GACCGCGACCUCCGCGUAUACACGCAUAUCAUCUACCUUGAUGUCCCUGCCGACGUGGUGGUUGAACGCUCUCGAGUGGACACCGUUCGGUGUCGCCAACCUCUGCCCAUCGACCACAUACGCAAGUGGCAGGACACCGAGAAGAAGCAGCUCCGCCGUCUCUGCCUUGAAAAUGGUAUUCUUUUCGGAAUCACAUCGCCGAACCAAUCCCUCCUGGACAGCGUCCUGCCUCUUCUCCACGACAUCCGUCUUCAUUCCGAGAAAGAGAACCUGUCUCGUGUCAACAGCCGACUUGAUGAAGUCGUUCUCACUAUGCAAAGAGAGAACAAGCUUGGAACGAUGGUGGUCCUCGACGCGGACCGAACUAUCUGCGCUAUGGACACGGGCACGAUGUUUUGGGAGAAACUAAGAGAGAGGCAAUCCUCGAAGGAAAAGUGUCCCCUCAGGGCUCUGUUCAGCAGCCAUCUGGGAUACUCGUAUUCGGCAUUCAGACAAGCUACCUUUCUCUACGAGGAAAGUCGAUCCGACUUUGAAAGCCUGUGCAGUGAGGUUGCAUCUGCCGUCACCAUGCAUCCCGAGUUCUUGGCCUUGAUCCACGCUUUGGAGAGAGAGCCGUCCACAGGCGCAAUCGUUGUCACCUGCGGCAUACGCCGAGUCUGGGAAAAGGUCUUGGACAGAGAGGGCCUUUCUCAGAGCGUGAAGGUCAUUGGUGGGGGACGCGUCGCGGACGGCUACGUUGUCGACCCUUUGGCCAAAGGCGGCGUUGUCUCCCGACUGCGGGACCAUCACGGCCUCUAUGUCUGCGCAUUUGGAGAUAGCCCGGUGGACCUGCCCAUGCUGAAGCUGGCUGAUCAGGCCAUUGUCGUGGUCGGCGAACAUCAGACCAGAAGUCGAAGCAUGGACGCGGUCUUGUCGAAGGCGAUCGAUGAGGGCAACUUUCGUCCACGACAAGCCCUAAUUCCGGAUUCCUCAACGCCGCGUCUCGACCUCGACAAACUGCCACUUGUCAACAUUGCCAGUCAAGCCUUCGUCAAGUCCGUCACUAGCCGUCGACGCCUCCAAGUUGUUCAUGCAACGGCGAAAAACGCGGCUAAGCUGCUCAUGACACCGACUCGCGAUGCGGCUAUCGCAGGCCACAGCCUCAGAGUAGCUCAUCAUCAAGUGGGUUGGUACCUUGCAACGGAAUUUCUGACCGGUGUACUUGGUGUGGAGAAGUAUCCCAUCGCGCACGUUCAAGGCCGCAUAACCGAUGGCUAUCGACUUCUCAACGAGGACAGCACCGCUGUCGUGGCCUUGAUGCGCGGCGGGGAGCCAAUGGCUCUCGGAGUCAGCGAGGCGUUCCCGAAAGCCAUGUUCCUUCACGCCGGCGGCCCCGAGGACCUCAACUCGGAGAAUCUUGCGGGGAAGCAGACGGUGCUGCUGGUGGACUCGGUGGUCAAUAGUGGCAAGACAAUCGUUGAAUUUGUUGAGAAGAUACGCAAGCUAGAUGCAAUCAAGCGAAUCGUGGUGGUGGCUGGGGUCGUCCAGGAGAAAGCAAUAUCUAAUGUCCUGGAGCCGCUUGCGAACGCUGCGGAUCUGGGCCUCGUUGCACUACGUCUGUCGGAGAACAAGUUCACGGGAAAGGGAGGCACAGAUACUGGAAACAGGCUCUUCAACACAACCCAACUUCCCUGAGUUGGCUGUUUCAGGUUGAUUGAGACCGGAUCAUGCGCUUGAGUAGUUUUACAGACCGCAUUCGUCUGGUGUUUCCGGUCGUGAAAGUGGUGCCGAUCAGGGACUCAACACAUUCAUUUCUUGACAUUGUGCUCGUUAUCAAUAGAGAAAAAAUCAGAUAGAUUACGGCUUUUUGCUUUCUUCCUCGAUGUGUUCAAUCUUGUUGUCAAAGGCC